AAUAAAUUAAACGGGGUGUUCGACUUCCUGCACACGGUCUCUUCUGAUUGACUGACGACCAUUUUGGUCGAAAAAGUAGCGAAGUGUUGUCAUGCUUUCGGCCAGAUUCACAUCAGCGUUGGUUCGCCAGCUUCCAAGAGCAGCACCUAAGGUGUGCAAACAUGCUUUGGGAGCUGGUUUUGUUGCAGCCCGGCAGAUUCAUUCAUCAUCUCCAUCCUUUGCUUCAGGGGCUGAGGUGUCAUCAAUUCUUGAAGAUAGGAUUCUCGGUCAGUCAGCAACUGCACAACUUGAAGAAACUGGCCGUGUCUUGACAAUUGGUGAUGGUAUCGCCCGUGUCUAUGGAUUACGGAACAUCCAAGCUGAGGAAAUGGUGGAGUUCUCCAGUGGACUCAAGGGAAUGGCCUUGAACUUGGAGCCCGACAAUGUUGGUGUUGUGGUGUUUGGUAACGACAAGCUGAUCAAGGAGGGAGACAUUGUAAAGAGAACGGGUGCCAUUGUUGAUGUGCCUGUUGGGAAAGAACUCCUCGGUAGGGUUGUUGAUGCUUUGGGAAACGCCAUUGAUGGAAAGGGACCAUUGGGAGCAACGAAGAGGUUCCGGGUGGGAGCUAAAGCCCCCGGUAUCAUUCCAAGAACAUCAGUCAAGGAGCCCAUGUUGACUGGGAUCAAGGCUGUCGACAGUUUGGUACCCAUUGGCAGAGGACAGCGAGAACUCAUUAUUGGUGACAGGCAGACAGGGAAAACUGCCAUUGCCAUUGACGCGAUCAUCAACCAGAGACAGUUCAAUGAAGCCUCUGAAGAAAAAGCCAAACUGUAUUGUAUUUACGUUGCCAUUGGUCAGAAGAGAUCCACUGUCGCUCAGCUUGUUAAACGUCUUACAGAUACUGAUGCCAUGAAGUACACCAUUGUGGUAAGUGCCACUGCCUCUGACGCUGCCCCUCUGCAGUAUCUGGCACCCUACUCUGCUUGUGCUAUGGGAGAGUUCUUCCGUGACAACGGCAUGCAUGCUCUGAUCAUCUAUGAUGAUUUGUCAAAACAGGCUGUAGCUUAUCGUCAAAUGUCUCUGCUACUGCGACGUCCCCCUGGUCGUGAGGCUUACCCCGGAGAUGUCUUCUACCUCCACUCUCGUCUGCUCGAGCGAGCUGCUAAAAUGAACGACGCCAACCAGGGAGGAUCAUUGACCGCUCUUCCCAUAAUUGAAACACAGGCCGGAGACGUAUCCGCCUACAUUCCCACGAAUGUCAUCUCAAUCACAGAUGGGCAGAUCUUUUUGGAAACUGAGCUCUUCUACAAAGGAAUUCGGCCAGCCAUCAACGUGGGCUUGUCUGUCAGUCGUGUGGGAUCAGCUGCCCAGACUCGGUCAAUGAAACAAGUUGCUGGUUCGAUGAAACUGGAGUUGGCACAGUAUCGUGAAGUUGCGGCUUUCGCCCAGUUUGGUUCUGAUUUGGAUCAGGCCACACAGAAUCUGCUCAACCGAGGUGUCCGACUCACGGAACUUUUAAAGCAGGGUCAAUACGUGCCCAUGGCCAUUGAGGAACAGGUUUGUGUCAUCUACGCUGGCGUGAGAGGUUAUCUUGACAAAGUUGAACCUGCAAAGAUCACACAGUUUGAAAAAGAGUUCUUGCUGCACUUGAAGGCAAGCCACACAGAUCUUCUAAAAACAAUUAAUGUAGACGGAAAAAUCACAGACGAAUCCGAUGCCAAGUUGAAGAAUAUCGUAAUAACCUUUUUGCAGGGAUUUGCAUGAUAAAUUUGACACUACUUAGGACAUUGUUGACAUUGUUGAAGUGUAUAGUAGUGCUUUAUCUAAAAUAAUAAUGUGUGGAAGUUUAGCAUCGUCAUGUGAUGACAGACGAUGUUUGUAUUGAAAUUUGUACAAAAAGAAAAUUCCAUAAAUCAUGGAAUGAACAAGAUUGGAAUUUAAUUAAAGGAUAACUUUAAGAA